AUGGGUCUAGAUGUUCAUCAAAGUACCAUUAGCCAUCUACUAAAAAAUAAAGAUACAAUUGGAAAAAAUCUCUUAGCAAAAAGACAAAAAACAUUUCAACAUCUGGAUCUUGAAGACACUGAAAAUUUAGCUAAAUUGUUUCAUAUAUCUGAGAAUGAUUUCAAGUUCUCACACAGUUGGCUAUACAAGUUCAAAAAAAGACAUGGCCUAAAGCAAAUAGUAAAACAUGAAGAAGAUGCAUCUGUAGAUGAUGCCAUCAUUGAAGAGGCUCUUCCUCGAUUAAGAGAAAUUUUAAAAGAAUAUGACCUAAAGGACAUUUAUAAUAUGAAUGAAACUGGAUUAUUCUAUUGGUAUUAA